AAUACCUGAGAAAAAUCUCUUGGCUACCAUAGGCACUGUGUGGAUAAUUUUCAAGCUAACAUUUAUUUUUCUGCUCUCUGCUUCUUCCCUAAGAUUUCGAACUUUUGGUCUUGAGGCAAAUCUGCAAACAUGAAACACUUUGAAUUACAGGCAAAGGCACCUAUUCUGUUUUCUCAACCAAACUGGAAAAAUCAGUCUGGCACAAAAGGUAUCAAUGACUUCAUAUGCUGGAGAAGAAAAAGGAUGCAUUAUUUUGGUGGGAAUCAGAAAAUUUUAAAAGUAACCAGCCGUUCAUCAUGGCAGCCCUGCUUGUCUUCCCAGGAAAAUGUUUUCAAGCAAUUAGCAUUAAAGAACCCUGCUUUAAAUAAGACUGUUCCUUACUACACAAGCUUUGUGACUAGUGUAACUUUGUGGGACAGAGGAGUUUACCACCAUGAUUGUAAGCACCACCAUAAGGGACCUUCAUUACCAUGCCCCAGGUUUACAGCUCAUAUGAAGAUCUCACCUGGUACUCAUGAGUCAACCUAUAUGCUUGGUACUGCAUUCCAGGAUCUUCCAGUCAAAGAGAUUAAUCAAAACAGGGAAAUAAUUUCUACUCAGAGAUGUCCAUGGAAAAAUUCAGGCUCUUUUAGAAGAGGACAGAAACAGGUUUUUCAAACAAAAUUACCCAUAUACAGAGAAUAUAAAGUUCCAAAAUUACCUCCACCCAGCUUGGCUUCUAGUGAGGAAGAUCUAGCUCAUGCAGUUAUUCACCCACAUGCUCCAUCAAUGAGAAACCAAGAGGUGCCUCUGGCAGAAGCUACUAGGUCAACAGAAGAAAAAAAAGAACCUGAAGGUCCAAAACUCCUAGGACAGAACACAGAAAUUAAUGAAGAUACUGGAUUAGAAGAGUUGGACAGGGUUCAAGACAGCACUAUUCCAUUGGUCUCUGAAAUGGAAAGUACUUGUUCAAACAUCAGUAGGUCAACUUCAAGUGUGAUUAGCAACCAGACUUCAUUCAGCUUUGAAAGAGAUACUAACUGGUCAGAUUUUUCUAGAAAGCUUUCUAGUGCUACCAUCAGCAGAAAGGGGAGCACACCUCUUUCUCAGCUUCGCUCUUCCUCCUUUUCCAUGUCUGCAAUGGCUUCCUCAGACACAGAACUUGAAGCAGACAGUAGCAGCAGCCAAGUCUCCAACCAGUCCGCUCUACAGAAAAGCUCUCUUAUGGUGGCAAAUGGUUACUGCAACAAUAUUCUGAACCCCAGCCUGAACAGUUCCAGUUACCAUGGCACUGCAGACAAUCUCCAGGGUUCAUCAUAUUCUGUGAAAAAAUGCUCAGGGCAAACACCGUCUUUCGUAGAAAUUUGGCAUGACCGUCUCCUUCACCACUGGCCUGUUCUUCCACCGAUCUCCCCACAAAGAGCAUUUUCAGAUACUUCAUGUCAUGUCAGAUCUCAAGUAACUGAACUUACCAGUGGUAUGCAGGAGGCAUUUGAAGAACUUGAAGGAAUUAGUAUAUUUUCAGGCUCCUCUUUGUCCCAGGAGAACAGAAGUGACUCCUUCGAUGAAACUAGCACACAUCUAUCAGAAGCUUCCCAAAGAGCAGUGUCUUUGAGCAUUGGAUGUAUAAGUGAAGAUGAAUCUCUUACUGAAGUCAGACUUUCCUUGUUGGAUCACCAGAACUGGGAAAAGGCAGAUCAAGACACUGGUAAUCAGAAUAAUAUGGAGGAAUGGGGCAAUGCCACAGAAGAAAUUUCAGGACUUAAGAUAAAAAAUAUUAUGGGAUUUACUGCCCUAGAUGCCAAUGGCUUCCUGCUUCAUCCUGCACCUGCCUUCUUGAAAGAAAACAAGACAUCAGAUACUUAUUCAAAUAAUGGAAUAGCUGAUCAGCAGAGUAUCUACACAAUGUCUGAUGGAAUAAUAUCAGGAAAUACUCUGAAGAAUGAAGCAGUGCAGCCAAAUAAAGAUGGGAGAAUAAAAUCAUCUACAACUGGAGCCUCUUUGGAUAAAGGCUAUGGUUCAGCUUUCCAAUUGACAGACAUGAAUGAAACUGCACCCAAGAUGGAGAAUGGGGAAGCUCACUUUACUGGGCAAACACACAAGAUUCAGGUUUGUACAGGAUUGGAAGAACCAGCUGAAGAUUCCCAUGAGGAAAGCUAUUGUAUUGGAGCUGAGACGCGUAGAGACUCUCAAAGUCCUGCAAACAGAGAGAGCCAUUUUAAACUGGACAAUGGCAGCUUGCAAGAAAUAGAACAACAGCAAAAAGCAAAAGAAAGGCAAGCACAAGUCCUACACAUUUACUCAAAACUCUGUGAGACUCAAGCCCCUGCACACCAACCACCUGAGACCACAGCUAUCUCAAAAUUUGAGGAUUUCGACUUUUUGGCAAAAUACUGCAUCUUCAGCCAGGAGAAGUUGGCUAAGUACAAAAGGGCUUUUGAAGCGGUGGAUACUGAUGGAGAUGGCUACUUGAACUGCAUGCAAGUUUUGAUGGCACUGAAAGAAAUAGUCCCUUCAGAAGCUUUAACUGAUGCAGAAGAACUCUAUGUAUACAGGAUUUUAGAGAUUGUUGACUAUUAUGUAACAGAUGGCCUGACAGACCUCCGACUCUUUGCAGUGAUGGCUAGCUUGGCCCAGAAAAUAGCAUCACUAGACAAUUUUAUGAAAUCAUUGAUUGGUCGCAUGGAUUUUAAGGCCCUGGAAUUGAAAAUAUACAAAGCUAAGCAAUUAUUUUUGUGGAAUAUUGAUUCUCAGUCUUGCAGCUUCACUGUGGACCAGUUUUUGGUCGAACUGAAGGCCGGAGGGAUAAGUGAAGAACACGAGGCAGCUGUACAAAGGGAACUAAAACAUAUUAAAAAACUAGAUGUUCUGGAUUUCCUGACUUACCUGCCACUCUUUGUUCUUAUCCAUAACUCUGUCAUUGCCAAUCCACUGGAUGAUUCAAGAACAAUUUAACAAACUACGUCAACUCUAGCAGAAGGGAAGUUGGUUUGUCAUGAAGACUUUUAAGGUUAUGUCUAUAUGUACAGCUUCCCUGUCUAGCCCAGGAAAACCACCAAAAAGACAAGCACUGUCCACUCACUCCCACUUCUCCUGUGCCCACAUCUAACAGUUAGGCAGAACAGACAAAUCAGUGUACACGGCUCUCAGGUUUUCUUAAGACAAAGGACUUGAGAGGAUUUCUGAGCCCUUCUUUCUCCUUUGACUACAUACCAACCUUGGGUGCUGGCAGAUUGGGAGUGAGUGAAUGGCCUUGUUUCUUAGUAGGCUCAGCAGAGAAGUGAGGAAGACAUAGCGUCAAGUGAACAUUUUCUUUUAAACAGCUCUGACUGUCUUUGUAAAGACAGACAGGAACGACACUGGGGUAGCUCUGCAACAAAAGUGCAGUUCAAACCAAUACAGUGAUCCAUGUAAAUAAACCCCAGUCUGCAGCCCUCAGUCAUGUUAAGUAGCCCUUGCAGGAGCAAAUCAGAUAGAGGCUGGGGUACUGAGAUUUGCAUCGACAGUUUACUCAGUGGGAAUGUAAAUUUGAGGGUGAAAUUGGCACACGUGACAAUUGUCUGAGCUGUAGCCCUCCUCAAAAUGUACUUAGAAUUAAAUGAGACAAGUCCAUGUGAAAAAAAUGGAGACAUACAAUCAAGGAAACCCAUUUCUAUAUAUGAAGGGCCAGAUUGUCAAAAGUUCUUGGCAACCAUGAUUGCUCUCAAGCUGGCUACUUCAUUUAGGUGCCUGAAAUGGAAAGAGCUGGUUGUGGGCUCUUCAAAAAUUGGAUCUGUUAUUAUUAAAUGUUAAAGAACUUUUUUAGAACAAAAUUAUAAUGCCCUAGUAGUACCUUUCUUUUUCUUUAUUUGGUUAAGCAAUUUACUGAGAUAGACAUGUAACUACUGAGUGUCAUCAGGUUGUUUCUAUUAUCUAAUAAGAAACUAGAUGAAAGUUGAAUUUUGCCUUUUCAACAAACAUUUGAGAUUCUCUGUUUAUUUUUAAAAUGGCAAUAAGCCAAGUCAAAUAAACAAUAUCUUGUAUGGGCUAGUCAGUCACAGGGGGAAUUUGGAUUUACCUAAUUGGGUAAAAAUCAAAAAGGAUAUUCCAGACAAUAGCAGUUCCCAGAGGGAUUGCAAGGAUUUUGACUCAUUAGGAAGUCAUUCACCAUGUCAUUUGGUGCAAAGGCAGCUCUGUAGAUGGCCGUCCCUAGGAUGCUACUACAGACUCAGAAGAACCUUCAGGUUUGUUUGCCGUGGGAGUUUUGCUUUCCUAAGUCCUGGCACAUCAUAGGAGGUUAAUUGUAUUUUGUACCAGCCACAGGCCCUAGUGAAAAACACCAUGGGCAGAUUCUUAACUGGUGGAAAGCACUUGAAGUUCUGGCAGUAUAUAUUGGAUAUAUCAUAGCAAGUGUCUUUGCUUACACUGCAAUCAGAAUUCAGCAAAUACAGAAUCGGUAUAUUAAUUCCCUUAAACAUUGAUUGAAUAUAGAUGGAUUUAGGCUUUUAAAUACAUGGCUAGAUUAUUUAAGUAAUAAGGUAACACACUUUCACUAAAAUUAUAUGUUGACUUAAUCAUAUGCUAUAUUGAUCAAUCCAUUGUGAAAACAGUUGAAUCAAUAUCUUAUCACAUUAUUGCAAAGUGUGCUUAUAGCAUAUUAGAUUACGAGUAGCUGACUGAAAUUCAAAAGCAGCUGAAUCAAAUUCCUGACAAACAUUACUUGUACAAUUUAGAAAAAAGUAAUGCUACUCAAUUGUGUAGAUUUGUUUCUAAUUCAUAUGAAAGUUGUUUGUUUAACUCUAAGGCGUGCAGUUUUUAAAUACAACACUAACUCACCUGGGAAUUCUACCUACAGCACUUGGUGAAAAGCUGUCACACAAAAAUAAAUCCAUAGCACCUCUUC